AUGGUUAAUUUCUUAUUUGAGAAUGAAAAGUCAGUUCUCUUGGUUCUUACCAAGGAGCCUAUCGAUAAUCUGAGUGUUACACAAAUCCCUGUUGUUUAUGAAUUUCCGGAAGUUUUUCCUGAGGAUGUCUCCUCUCUUCCUCCUGAAAGGGAAGUGGAAUUCUCUAUUGAUCUGAUACUUAGGACGGCUCCAAUCUCUUUUUCCCCGUAUCGCAUGGUGCCACUAGAGUUGAGAGAGUUGAAGAAUCAAUUGGAAGAGUUGUUAACCAAGCAUUUUAUCCGACCUAGUGUCUCACCAUGGGGAGCGCCAGUGUUAUUAGUAAAGAAGAAGGACGUGAAGUUUCUUGGUCAUGUAAUAUCACAAGGAGGAGUAUCGGUGGAUCCAUCUAAAUUUGAAGCAGUUAUUAAUUGGGAAAGACCGAAGAAUGCUUCCGAAGUCAGAAGUUUCUUAGGUUUGGCAGGCUACUAUCGAAGGUUUAUAAAGGGAUUUUCGCAGAUAGCGUUACCAAUGACUAGACUUACCCGAAAGGAAAUUUCUUUCAAAUGGGAUUCAAAGUGUGAGAAGAGUUUUAUGAGUUUGAAGGAGAAGCUAACGAUUGCUCAUGUUUUAGUCAUCCCUGAUCCUAGUAAGUCUUAUGAAGUAUUUUGUGAUGCCUCUAAGAAAGGAUUAGGAGGGGUGUUAAUGCAGAGUGGUCAAGUUAUAGCCUAUGUCUCUCAUCAGUUGAAGCCUCAUGAAGAGAACUACCUAACUCAUGAUCUUGAACUGGCUGUUGUUGUCUUUGCAUUGAAAGUAAAGAUUGAACAUCAGAAGCCAGGUGGGUUAUUGCGGCCUUUGGAGAAUCCAGUUUGGAAAUGGGAUAGUAUUUCAAUGGAUUUAAGAGUAGGGUUACCUCGGACCCAAGGUGGUUAUGAUUCAAUUUGGGUGAUUGUGGAUUGGUUGACUAAGUCCGCACACUUCUUGGUCGUGAAGACUACUUACAAGGCAUGCCAUCUUGCACAGCUGUUCAUUUCAAAAAUUAUUAGGUUGCACGGUGUUCCUACUAGAAUUGUAUCCGAUAGAGACCCAAAGUUUACUUCAAGGUUUUGGAGAAAAUUACAACAAGCUAUGGCAUCAAGAUUAUGUUUGAGUACCUCUAAUCACCCUCAGACGGAUGGUCAGACUGAACGGACAAUACAGACACUGGAAGAUAUGUUAAGAGCUUGUGUACUUGAAAGUGGAGGGAAUUGGAAGGAGCUUUUACCAUUGAUUGAAUUCUCAUAUAACAAUAGUUAUCAUGCAAGUAUUGGGAUGGCUCCUUAUGAAGCCUUGUAUGGACGGAAAUGUAGAAUACCUUUAUGUUGGAUAGAAGUUGGCAAAGAAAGGAUCUUAGGACCGUAG